UGAAGGCCAAUGGCGGUGUGGCCAGUUUGAGCCCCAGCCGGAUAAAUCGCGCGCUGCUGAAACUUGACUCCUCUUUCACACACCAGGAGGGUCUGGGGGACGCGCGAGGUGAUCUGUGACUGUCCAAGAUGAGGAUCGCAGUGAUUGGCCAGAGCCUUUUUGGACAGGAGGUGUAUAAGGAGCUGAAGAAAGAGGGCCACAUCAUUGUUGGUGUAUUUACCAUACCUGACAAAGAUGGCAAAGCCGACCCACUAGGUGCUGAAGCAGAGAAGGAUGGUGUACCAGUGUUUAAGUUCCCACGCUGGCGACUGAAGGGCAAGGCCAUUGAUGAAGUGGUGGAUAAGUAUAAGGCGGUGGGCGCCGAGCUCAACGUUCUACCCUUCUGCUCCCAGUUCAUCCCAAUGGAGGUGAUAGACCACCCAAAACAUGGCUCCAUCAUCUACCACCCCUCACUGCUGCCCCGCCACAGAGGAGCCUCUGCCAUCAACUGGACUCUCAUUCAUGGUGACAAAAAAGGUGGGUUCACAGUGUUUUGGGCAGAUGAUGGACUGGAUACCGGCCCAAUCCUGCUGCAGAAGGAGUGUGUGGUGGAGCCUGAUGAUACAGUGAACACCAUCUAUAAGCGCUUCUUGUUUCCAGAAGGAGUAAAAGGGAUGGUGGAGGCAGUCAAGUUAAUUGCAGAAGGUAAAGCUCCCAAAAUUAAGCAGCCAGAGGAGGGAGCAACCUAUGAAUGCAUCCAGAAAAAGGACAAUUCAAAGAUUGACUGGAAUCAGCCUGCUGAGGCCAUCCAUAACUGGAUCAGAGGAAAUGAUAAGGUCCCUGGGGCCUGGGCCGAGGUUGAUGGAAAGAAUGUAACAUUCUAUGGCUCAACAUUGGUGGAUAACGGCUCUACAGCUAAUGGUCAGCCUCUGGAGAUCCCUGGGGCCAGCCGUCCAGGUCUGGUCACCAAGAAUGGCCUGGUCCUUUUUGGGAAUGAUGGCAAGACGUUGUUGGUGAAGAACCUGCAGUUUGAGGACGGGAAGAUGAUUGCAGCUGCUCAGUAUUUUAAAGCUGGCUCCAGCUCUGCUGUGGAGCUGACAAAGGAGGAGAAGAGUUUUGCUGAACAAAUGAGGGCAGUGUGGACGAGUAUUUUGACAAAUGUGGAGAAGAUUGAUGACUCUACUGACUUCUUUAAGUCAGGAGCUGCCUCUAUGGAUGUUGUCAGGCUGGUAGAGGAGGUUAAAUUGAGGGCGAGUCAGCUGCAGCUGCAGAACGAGGACGUUUACAUGGCGACAACCUUUCAGGAGUUCAUCCAGAUGUGUGUGAGGAAGCUGAGAGGAGAAGAUGCUGAGGAGGAGCUCGUCGUUGACUAUGUGGAGAUGAACGUGAACAACAUGACCAUUCGAAUGCCCCACCAGCUCUUUAUAAAUGGAGAGUUUGUGGAUGCUGAGGGAGGAAAGAACUACAAGACUAUCAACCCCACCACUGGACAGGCAAUCUGUGAGGUAUCUCUGGCUCAGAUCUCAGAUGUGGAGAAGGCUGUAGCAGCAGCUAAGGAGGCUUUUGAGGAAGGAGAGUGGGGCAAGAUGAACCACAGAGAUAGAGGCAGACUCAUCUACAAAUUGGCAGAUUUAAUGGAGCAGCACCAAGAAGAGCUGGCCACCAUUGAGUCUAUAGACUCAGGAGCAGUCUACACACUUGCUCUCAAAACUCAUGUUGGCAUGUCCAUCCAGACAUUCAGAUACUUCGCCGGCUGGUGCGACAAGAUCCAGGGUUGUACCAUCCCAAUCAAUCAAGCUCGUCCUAAUCGCAACCUGACCUUUACCAAGAAAGAGCCAAUCGGCGUGUGUGCCAUUGUGAUUCCUUGGAACUAUCCUCUAAUGAUGCUGGCCUGGAAAACCGCAGCUUGCCUUGCUGCUGGAAACACUGUGGUUCUGAAACCAGCGCAGGUGACCCCUCUGACUGCGGUGAAGUUUGCUGAAUUGGCUGCGAGAGCAGGAUUUCCCAAAGGAGUGAUCAAUAUCCUGCCUGGCUCAGGCUCCCUGGUUGGCCAGCGGCUGUCAGACCACCCUGAUGUGCGUAAACUGGGCUUUACUGGCUCGACGGAGAUCGGCAAACAGAUCAUGAAGAGCUGCGCCGUCAGUAAUGUGAAGAAGGUCUCUCUGGAGCUGGGUGGAAAAUCCCCUCUUAUUAUUUUCAGUGACUGUGAUCUGGACAAAGCUGUGAGAAUGGGGAUGAGUUCAGUGUUCUUCAACAAAGGAGAGAACUGCAUCGCUGCAGGCAGACUGUUCGUAGAAGAAUCCCUACAUGACACUUUUGUCCAGAGAGUGAUUGAAGAGGUGAAGAAAAUGAAGAUUGGUGACCCGCUGGACCGCUCCACAGACCACGGCCCCCAGAACCACAAAGCUCAUUUGGACAAACUGGUGGAGUACUGUGAGAGAGGAGUUAAAGAGGGUGCUACACUCAUAUGUGGAGGGAAACAAGUCAAUCGCCCAGGUUUCUUUUUUGAGCCCACUGUGUUCACAGAUGUGCAGGACCACAUGUACAUUGCUAUUGAGGAGUCAUUCGGCCCUGUCAUGAUCAUCUCCAAAUUUAAGAAUGGUGAUGUAGACGGAGUGCUGCAGAGGGCUAAUGCUACAGAGUACGGUCUGGCAUCAGGAGUGUUUACACGGGAUAUCAGUAAGGCUCUUUAUGUGAGUGAGAGGCUUCAGGCUGGAACAGUGUUCGUCAACACCUACAACAAAACUGAUGUGGCCGCCCCCUUCGGAGGCUUCAAGCAGUCCGGCUUUGGCAAGGAUCUGGGUCAAGAAGCUCUCAAUGAAUAUUUGAAGACUAAAACUGUGACAGUCGAGUAUUAACAUGGUUAGAUGAUUAAGUAAACUUUGCCAGAGGAUACACAUAUAUAAAGAGGAAUAUAUGAAUUUCACUGUUCUGAUCUGAGAACUACUGAAAUGCUACUAAUAUGUGAAAUGCUUAACUGCAUAAAUCUUUAAGUGAACUGAACUGUAAGAUUAUGUAUUUGACUGCACCUCAAUUUUAAUGAAGCCUUUUAUAUUAUGCUAUUAGUUGAAUUUUUGACACAUUUUUAAUGCUGCCUCAGACUGGUUCAUUUUGUAAAUUAAUUUUCUCUAUUAUUGGCUAAAGGUGAAGCUGAUAGUAAAAAAGUGCUUAUAAAAAAACCUUCAGAUUUCUGUUUUACAGCUAUUGAAAUAUUGAACAUAGACUAUAUUGAAAAUACUGAACUGUAUACUGAUUUUUUGACUACUUCCGUUCUUAAGUGCAGUACUACUGUCUACUACUGUGUCACAAAAACAUAUAAUAAAUUCACUUUGGGAUGUA